CAAUUAUUGACAUUGAUGACGCAUGCGUGAUUGAGCGAACGGGAGACGAAGCAGGAAGUGCAACUUAUCACUUUGAGGAGCUCGUACCCGAGACUGAGAGGAAGUACUUUAGGCAGUCACGAGUAGUAUUUGCCAGUCCAGCUACAUUUGCUAACAAGAAGACAAGCAAGGUGCGUUAGCAAUAAUAGAUGUUUGCAAAGAUCAAUUUUGUUUCAUUUGUUGUCGAUAUCCUUGAAUAGUUUUCAGCUGCCUACUCGCUCGUCUAACAAUUUGUUUCUUCUCCACAUGCUUACUACUGCUUGACAAAUUCAAGUUUACUUUAACAAAUUAUGGGUAUCCGUGGAUUGACGUCAUACGUGAGCGACAUUCCUGCUGUUUGGACAUUAUGCACACGCUUGUCCAAUACUAAGCUAAUAAUUGAUGGGAACAACCUGUACUUACAUCUUUACCGUUCUUCAAAGCUAGACAUGCAAUGUGGUGGUCAGUACUUGGAGUAUUACCAACUGGUUAGAGUUUUCUUUUCUAUGCUGCAGAAAAAUGAAUUAGAAGCAAUUGUAGUUCUGGAUGGAGUUGAUGAAGAUGACCUGAAGCUUGCGACUCAAAGACGGAGAGCUACUGAAAACAUAUAUGAAGUUCAAAGGAGUGGUUCCGUCCCUCCUCUUUUCACAUCAGAUGUGUUUUGUCAAGCAGUGACCGACUCCGGCGUUGAAAUAAAGAUGUGUGACUUUGAAGGAGAUAGAGUAGCUGCUCGAUUGGCAAACAAUUUCUGCUGUCCGGUGCUUUCUAACGACAGUGACUUCUACCUAUUAGCUAAUAGUCUGAUUCCCCUCGACAUGUUUGAAUGGGAGCACAGUGAAGGGCAAAUACAUUGCAAGAUUUACCAUCGAAAAGCUUUUCUUCGCCACAUUUCCUUGUCAGCUUGUUUUCUUCCACUUCUGGCUGUUCUGGUAGGCAAUGAUCUCACUAGUGAGGAGCAACUAAAACCAUUGCAUAAAUACAUUACACAGGAUGUUACUCGUAUGCCAUAUCUGCCAAACAGUAAACAUGGAGUAAUCCCCACUGUUAUUGAAUGGCUUAGAAAACACUCAUAUAACCAGGACGUCGAAAAAGAUUUGUUAGCUAAUUUGACUACGGACCGGGAAAUUAAAAAAUUUACCGUAAUCCUGCAAAAGUCAAGAGCUAGCACUCUUCCAUUGUCAGAUUGUUCUAUGACGAUGGUUGAUGGUAGUGCUUUUCCAGACUGGGUGAUCGAGUCAUUCAAGAUGGUGAAGUUCUCUAAGGUUGCCGUCCAAGCUGCCAGUCGUGGUCGAGUAAGAAUGCGCGUUCAAAAGGAGAACAUGUCGAACCCCAGUACACACACAUGCUCUCGUCCCAUAAGAGAAAUCAUGUAUGCAAUUCUCUUUAGAGGAACUACAUGUAAUCAAUCUAAAGUGAUUGAAAUGGGGAGAGCGGAUGGCUGCGUUGCACUAAAGGAUUACGAUGUUAAAAUUCCAACGCCUGAUAACCUUUGCGGACUUGCAGAAAUUCAGUCAAUGAGCUGCCAAGAAAGACUUGAUGUGUUAGGUUCAGCGUUAGGUUGCGGUAUCGAUGAAUUUCACAAAUUAGAUGAAGACUGGAGACUGCCUGCAGCGGCUCUCUACUAUUGGUCUCAUCUGAAAACCCAUCGGGUACCAAACAAGGCUGUCUAUGCUCUCAUAUUUUCAUUCGUUAGCUGCUCAUUAGCAUUUAAUCAACUUGUCAAACAGACAAGUUAUUCUUUGGAUUCACUUUACAAGCCUGUGAAGAAAAAACACAAACGGCCAAAUUCGAUAUUUGCACAUAAUUUUGCUGAAUUUCAAAGCGUAUUGUAUUACAUCAUGAUCCUAAACUCCGUGUUAAAUUUUCCACUGCCCAAUUUUAAUGUCGCUCGAAUUUUCAAUGGACAAUUGUCACAUUAUGCUGCUUCAAAGUAUGGUACAUACGAAGAAUUCAUUGAUGCGUCAGAAGAUUCGAAGAUGUUUGCAGACAUGUGUCAACUGUUGGGCAGACAGCCAGGUGGUAGUCAUUUCGAACAUGGGAAAGAAAAGAGAAAGAAAAGCAAAUAUGUGAAACCAACAAUCACCGAGCAUACCUCGGGUGCUCUAGGUAGUUCUACACGUUAUCAGCUUUACGAUAGUAAUGACUCUAAUGUCGACCUUGCUGUCGCAAGCACGAGCCCGGAACGUGAUGAAAGACAAAGAGAGGAAGGUGAAGCAUCAGGUGAACAUGCGAAUCUGGAGACUUACCUCGAAAACGAUGAGAAGGGUGGACAACCCUAAAGCCAAAUGCAGCCAAGAAAACGACAGGUUGGUUGUCUACCCGUUAAGAAUCUAUAGUAACAAGAACUGCAUGUACUAGCUUUUCGAAUCUGUUACUGAUGUUUUAAAACUGACUCUUUGGAUGCUUUUUAAUUAAUUCUUUGUCGUGUACUGGUAGCAAGGCUAACGAACAGAGUAGCUUUUCGACUUUAGUUAAUUAUUUGUAUGUAGUAGCUGGUUUAUAGUAUUAAGAGUUGUUUUCGUAUGGAAUGUUUUAUCUUAAUUAAUUUGUGUGUAGCUUGCAGCCCAAUUAGUAUAAAUUACAUUAGCACAGGCCUGCA